GUGUUUUUUUUUUUUUUCUCCCCUCCUCCCCUCUCCCCCCCGCGCUGAUUUCCCUCCCCUCCGCCCGCCUUGCCUGUGUGUUUUCGCCGCCGCGCUCGCCGAGCCCCUUGGCAUGAGUUAAGCACCAGCCAUGGACACCAAACACUUCCUGCCGCUGGAUUUCUCCAACCAGGUGAAUUCCACAUCCCUGAACUCCCCCACGAGCCGGGGGCCCAUGGCCACCCCGUCCCUGCACCCGUCCAUCGGGCCGGGCAUCGGCUCCUCGCUGGGCUCCCCAGGCCAGCUGCACUCGCCCAUCAGCACCCUGAGCUCGCCCAUCAAUGGCAUGGGCCCCCCCUUCUCCGUCAUCAGCUCCCCCAUGGGCCCGCACUCGAUGUCUGUCCCCUCCACGCCCAGCCUGGGAUUCGGCACCAGCAGCCCGCAGCUCAACUCGCCCAUGAACUCCGUCACCAGCACAGAAGACAUCAAGCCACCCCUGGGGCUCAAUGGAGUCCUCAAAGUGCCAGCACAUCCCUCAGGAACGAUGGCCUCCUUCACCAAGCACAUAUGUGCCAUCUGUGGGGACAGAUCUUCGGGUAAACAUUACGGGGUUUACAGCUGUGAGGGCUGCAAAGGCUUCUUCAAGCGCACGGUGCGGAAGGACCUGACCUACACGUGCCGGGACAACAAGGACUGCCUGAUCGACAAGCGCCAGCGCAACCGCUGCCAGUACUGCCGCUACCAGAAGUGUCUGGCCAUGGGCAUGAAGAGAGAAGCCGUGCAGGAGGAGAGGCAGCGGGGCAAGGACCGCAACGAGAACGAGGUAGAGUCCACGAGCAGCGCCAACGAGGACAUGCCCGUGGAGAAGAUCCUGGAGGCCGAGCUCGCCGUGGAGCCAAAGACAGAGACCUACAUCGAGGCAAACAUGGGCCUGACCCCCAGCUCGCCCAAUGACCCGGUGACAAACAUCUGCCAGGCAGCAGACAAGCAGCUCUUCACCCUGGUGGAGUGGGCCAAGAGGAUCCCCCACUUCUCCGAGCUGCCCCUGGAUGACCAGGUCAUCUUGCUCAGAGCAGGGUGGAACGAGCUGCUAAUUGCCUCCUUCUCCCACCGCUCCAUAGCCGUGAAGGACGGGAUCCUGCUGGCCACGGGGCUGCACGUGCACCGGAACAGCGCCCACAGCGCCGGCGUCGGGGCCAUCUUCGACAGAGUACUGACAGAACUGGUGUCCAAAAUGAGGGACAUGCUGAUGGACAAGACAGAGCUGGGCUGCCUGCGAGCCAUUGUCCUCUUCAACCCUGACUCCAAGGGCCUGUCGAACCCGGCGGAGGUGGAGGCGCUGCGGGAGAAGGUGUACGCGUCGCUAGAGGCUUACUGCAAACACAAAUACCCCGACCAGCCCGGCAGGUUUGCCAAGCUCCUGCUCCGCCUCCCAGCCCUGCGAUCCAUCGGCCUGAAAUGCCUGGAGCACCUCUUCUUCUUCAAGCUAAUAGGCGACACGCCCAUCGACACCUUCCUGAUGGAAAUGCUGGAAGCGCCGCACCAAAUGACUUAGAGAACUCUGCUGGGUCAGUCCCUCGCCCGGCCGGGCUCCCUCGGGGCCCUUCCUCUGCUUUCCUCGGCCCCAGCCCGUCCCUCCCUGCUGUCCCCAGCGCCGGAGGCACCGUCUGCUCCUGGGGACCCUCCUGGUCAUCCUGCCCUCCCUGUCCGUUCGCUGUCACUGCUGCGUCUCCAGACCUGCCCGCUGGUUCCCUGUGCUACUUGUAGAGGAGUGGGAGCGGAGAGAGCUUUGCCAACCCCUGCCCCCGCCGUGCCGUGAGGUUUGGGAUGAGCCACCACGGGCUGGUGUCACCGCCAGCCCUCCCCCUGGGGACAAGGACGGUGCCAGCCCUCGGGGCAGUGGGGGUUUGGACGAGCCGAGGGGAGUGGUUGGACUCUGCCAGAUUUGCAGCUGGGCUAUUUUCAGAGGAUGGAGUUUUUGGAAAAAAAAAAAAAAAAAAAAAAAAAAAAAAGAAAUAAUUUCUAUUUUUGGUUUCUAACUAUUCUUAGUAGUCUUGGUAGUUACUUUGCGGAGGGAGAGGCCGUGCCCCCUGAGUGAGUCACCCGUGGCUGCACAGAGAAGCCUUCUCCUUCCACUUCAGAGCAUUUGGGAUUGAGCUGAAUCCCCCCAAAACACGGUGGCAGUGGCACAGGGAAUGCCCUUUGGCCACUCUGGAGGGUGCCCGGGCAUCGCUGCCCACCCCAGAGGUGUGGACAUGAGCCGGCUGCAGCGCUUGCUUUAAGGCUGCCAGGGACUCCCCAUGGUCCUUCUCCAGCUCCUGGGGGCUUGCUGGGAGCCCUGCCCUCAGCACAGCAUCCCAGAGCAUCCCAGUACAUCCCAGUACAUCCCAGUGCUGCCCCAGCAUCCCACCGUGACCCCGCUCUGGGGUUUUGGGGUUUCGGCUCACCCAGGAGGCUGCUCCUGUUCUUUCAGCCCUGCAAAACACUGCAAGGCAACAAUUAGUGGGAGUGCUCAGCCAGGCUGGUUAAUUGCAGCUGUUAAUUAGUGGUGAAGCAAGAACAGGGCUCCCCCCUGCCCUGGAUCUGCCCCGUGAGGGUGGGAGGGCCUGGCUGAGUGGGGGAUGUGGCAGCAGCAUCAUCCCUGUCCUCCCCGGCAUUCUGAGAGCACCAAAAGCACCUUGGCUUUUGCACAACCCUUUCCUUGAGUCUUGGUGACAGGAUUUUGGGGGUUAGGGACAGGAAUGUGCUCACACCCCACGGGAUGGGAUUCCCCCAGGAGUGUGUGGCCAGCGAGGGAACCAUGCCCCUUCCCCUCCCUCCUCACCUGGUGUCUCCUGUGCCCCACAAAAACACGAGCUGGAGAAAAAACGAAGCAGAGGGAAUGAUGAGGGAUGUUGGGAAGGGUUUUCCCCCCUUGGCAGGAUGGACGCACUGUGCUGGGAGCUGAGGAGGAGGUGCUUCCCCACCACUUCCAUGUGGUCUGUGCUUUAAAAAGCAAAGGAUGAGGUCCCCAAAAUCCCUUCUUGCUCCCCAUGGUUUGCAGCUGGUUGAAAACUCCUUUGUUGCUGGAGGGGGAUGGAGCAGCGCCCACCACCUCACUCCCACCUCUGUUUUGGAGGGGACACCGUUGCCCCCUGCCUGUUGCCAUCCCAGCUGGAGUGCCCAGCUCCAUGCCCUGCAGCUCCAAAAUAAAAAAAACCACUCUGGAUUUCAGGUGGCAGCUCCCCCUGGGGCUGGCCCGAAGUGGCGAAUCGGCAGAGGCAGGCAGAGCGCCUUGGCUCUGUUUCCCCAGCAGCCUGCAAGCCACUGAAAAUAUUAUUAAACAGCUUCACCCUGCAAGAAUUUGCCAAGAAAACGAGGCAGGAGAAAUGAAAUCUGGCGAGGGUGCCAGGAAACACGAGCAGGCUGUUCCCUGCCAGCGGGAGGCUGGCGCAGCCCCAGGGGGUGCAGGGAGGUGGCAGAGCCCGGAGCCCCCAGCCCACCCAGCCCUGGGCAGCCCCCAGGCCCCAGCAGAAAGGAGCCUGGGACUUGCUUGGCACAGAGGAAAAGCUUUGGGGAAGUUGGUGGAUGUUGCACUAGGAUAAACCCGCUGGUCUCUGGUGGGUUGAGCCACUUUUUUCCUGGGGGUGGCUGGGGAGGGGCUCUUGGGUUCUGUGGUGGCUGCAGGGUGGCACAGUGGGAGAUCCCAUCCCAUCCCAUCCCAUUAUCCCAGCCCAUUAUCCCAUUCCAUCCCAUCCCAUUAUCCCAUCCCAUCCUUAUCCCAUUUUACUUCAUCCCAUCCUUUUCCAUUCUGUGACGUUCCAUCAUCUUCCAUCCCUUUUUUUCCCAUCUGUCCCCA